CAGUCGCGUUGGUUCACGACGCCCUGGAUCCAUCUCUGCGCGUCCAUAAUGAGGCUCAGCACCAGGAGUAGUGAAAGAAUGGAGAGGCAAAGAGAAAAAGAGGUGAAUUUUGAAGAGACUGAAAUGAUUCCAAAGUCAGGAAAAUCUCCAGCAGACUCCAGGAAAAGUGUGGGCAUCCAUGAAUUUGCAGCGCUCGCCAGAUCUUCCUUGAAUGGCAUCUCUCAGGCCGUGAGGGACCAUGUGACGAAGCCCACCUCUCUGGCUCAGGGUCGGGUCGCCCACCUCAUCGAGUGGAAAGGCUGGCCCAAACCCACAGGUCCUCCACCGGGCACCAACUCCCAGUUCAACUCUUACAGCCAUCUGACCGAAGGGGAGAAGGAGGCUCGGUUUGCUGCAGGAGUGGCGGAGCAGUUUGCCAUUGCUGAGGCUAAACUCAGAGCCUGGGCGUCACUGGAUGAUGAUGAGGAGGAAGAGGAAGACUCCAACGAUGAGGACUCCCACACCAAUGGACAGACUCGCACCCUGUCCACCCAGAGCUCAGACACGGCCGUGUCCGAACCCAUUGGCGGAGUGCCAUGCCAGCCUGAGACCCGAGACGUUGAGGUUCCACCCCCAGAUUGUCUUGUAAACUCCAGCAGCACCAGUCUGCUCCAUGAUCAGCCUCCAGCUCAGGCCAACUCACCUACGUCACGGAGCGACUGCAUGUGUCCAUUCUUGGAGGAAGAAGAAGAAGAGGACGAGGAGAGGCUGAGCGGUCUCGAUGAGCAGUUGGCUUCUUUGCAGGAGCAACACGGCGAGGUCUGUGUCCACAACAAGCCGGAGUGGAGGUCCCGGAGCAGGAGCAGCAGGUUCGACUCCUGCUACUCCACCUCUCACUCCGAGUCUCCUGGAGAGGAGGAGGAAGAGGACGAGGAGGAGGAUGGCAGCGUGUUCCAUGAGCUUCGGGUUUGGCACUGGAACCCCAGGGGCUUCUCUGACCGCAGGUCUUCUGGCGUGGCGUCGUUUGAAGAAGAGGAGGAGAGAGAAGAGGUGGAUGAAGAAAAGAAGGAGUACUUGAUGUGAUGUCUUAUCCAUCUUUGUGUCUUCUUGAGUCUGUGUAGAGUCUGUACACCCCGCUCCUCCAACUCUUCCUCCCUCAUCUCUCCCUCCAUUUGAAGCAGUUCGCCUUUCCUCCUCCAGGCCUUUCACCGACUCCAUCCACGGUUUAUCUCCGCUGUAAACAGAGUCCAUGACGGGGAGGUCACUGAGAAUGUAAAGCUGUUGUUCCAACUGAGUUUUGUAUAUUUUUGUGAAGAGUCGUGUGCUGAUGUCGAGUUGUUUUUCUAUGGAUAUUUUGUAGUGCUGUUUAUUUUUAUUCUUUUGGGUCACGCCGUUUGUCACGUGGGUUUGAAAUG